UGACAGCACGUGGCUGUCAGCAGUGUUUUUGGUUGUUACGAGUCAAAAACAUUAAUUAUCCACAGAAGCCAGGACCGUAAAUCACAUCAAAAUGGUCCGGCACAACAAUCAACUUCCUGAUAACUUGCCUCAGUUGCAGAAUUUAAUAAAACGCGAUCCUGAUUCGUACAAAGAUGAAUUCCUUCAACAGUACCAACAUUUCCUCAGCACAUUGGAGAUCUUCAAAUUCACCCCAGAUGAAGAAAAUAAAAGUUUAGACGAACUGGUUACGUUCAUUGCGCAAGUGGCGCAAUGCUAUCCCGACGAGUGCAUUCAGUUCCCGCAGCUCCUCGUCGAUUUGCUGAAAAAUCACGCAACAACUCUGAUCCCUGCAAUGCGGAAUUCAUUCUGCAAAGCUUUAAUAUUGCUUAGGAAUAAGAAUUUAAUUCCUGCACUCGAUCUGCUGGAGUUAUUCUUUCAAUUGCUGCGAUGUCCUGAUAAGAAUCUGCGAACUUUCCUGCAAAAUCACAUCGUGACCGACAUCAAGAACAUGAACGCCAAACAUAAGGAUAUGCGGCUUAACUCGACCCUUCAGAAUUUCAUGUAUUCCAUGUUGAAGGAUUCAAACCCAAAAGCAGCAAAAAUGUCCGUUGACAUCAUGAUUGAACUCUACAAAAAGAAUAUCUGGAACGAUGCUAAGACUGUGAACGUGAUAGCCACUGUUGGCUGCUUCUCUAACGUCACAAAGGUAAUGGUCGCUUCUCUAAAGUUCUUCCUUGGCCAUGAUCAAGAAGAUGCAAAUUCUUCUGAUGAAGAAAAUGACAACGAGCCCGAUCUUAAAAGCGCAAUGAUGGUCAACAAAGUAAACAAAAAGACAAAGAAGAGGCAGAAGCAACUUGAAAGCAUAAAAAGGCAAGUUGUGAAAGCCUCGAAGAAGAAGUCGAAAGCGCCUGCGUUCAACUUUUCGGGUAUUCAUCUUAUACACAAUCCACAAGGCAUGGCAGAAGGAUUGUUCAAGCAACUGCAAGGAAGCAAUGAACGUUUUGAAGUGAAACUCAUGCAUUUAGAUGUCAUCUCCCGAUUGAUUGGCAUUCAUGAGCUAUUCCUUUUUGGCUACUAUCCAUAUAUAACACGUUUCAUCCAGCCCCAUCAGAGACAAGUUACGCGGAUACUUCAGUUCGCAGCUCAAGCGUCUCAUGAACUUGUUCCAGGUGAUAUCAUAGAACCCGUCUUGAAGACAAUAGCCAACAGCUUCAUAACCGAGCGUAAUGCCAGUGAUGUCAUGGCAAUUGGGUUGAACGCCGUUCGUGAGAUUUGUAUGCGAUGUCCUUUAGCGAUGGGUGAAGAUCUCUUGAGGGAUCUGGCCAUGUACAAAGGGUACAAAGAGAAAUCUGUAAUGAUGGCUGCGAGGUCGUUGAUUACUUUAUACAGAGAACAGUUGCCUGCUUUGUUGCACAAGAAAGAUAGAGGCCGGCCAACAGAAGCACAAGCGGAACUUAGACGUAAAAACUAUGGAGAAAUUAUCGCACAUGAUACUAUACCUGGGGCAGAAGCGCUACUGGAUAAGGCGGCAGAAAUUGACGCGGGGAGUGAUGAUGAUGGCGAUGAUAGCGACAACGAUGGCAGUUGGGUGGAUGUUUCACAGAGUGAGGAUGAAGGCGGAAAUGAGGAUGAUGAUGAUGAGGAUGAAGAUGAUGAGGAUGAUGAUGAUGAGGAUGAAGAUGAUGAGGAAGAAGAGGAUGCUUCAAGCGAUGAAGAUGGUGCUGAAGAAGACUCCAAAUCAACCAAAACAAACCAAUCAACUACAAAAACGAACGGAGAUGUCAACAUUAAAAUCCUUGACAAGAAACAAGCAGCACAAGAGCUCGCCCUUACUCGUAUUUUCACCGAUGAAGACUUCAAGCGCAUUGAUAUGGCGAAUGUUAAGAAAACAGUCACGAAUGCUCGUAAACGACCAUUAGAGUCUGAAAAGACAGAAUUCGUAAAGCUCGACAAUAUCGAAAUGAUUUUCAAGAAACGUAAACACGACAAAGCAGCUCGUUUAGAAACCGUUCAAGCUGGACGAAUGGAUCGCGAGAAAUUCGGCUACAAAGAUGGUCGGAAGAAUGAGAAUUGUUCGAAGACGAAUCGUGAAAAGAGGAAACGAAAGAACUUCGUGAUGAUGCGACAUAAGGCACGAUCGAAGGUUAAGAAAAGUUUUAAAGAGAAACAGUUAGCAUUAAGGAAACAUUUGUUGAAACAGAAAAAGAUGAAGUGAGACGGGAAGUUGAAUUGUAUUUCUGUAUAGUUAAUUUGAUAAUAAAUGUUUUACAUUUUAACAUUA